AUGUAUCUAUUAAAGAAUUUAAUUACUUUACCAUUUAAAAUACAUUAUUUAUUUAUCUGUGUUUAUAUUGUUGUUUCUCUCAUUGUUGUUUAUGGAUUACAAUUAACAUUAUUACCAUCUGGAAAAAUAUAUUCAUAUAAUUAUUCUAUGAUGAAAUCCCUUACUUUAAUUAUUCCUUCAUUCUUAUUAUUCAUUGCUGGAUUUAUUUCAGAAAAAGUGUUUCAUGUGACAAUUUCAACGCUUAAAAUAGAAGAACCACAAAUUAAAAAAUGGUGGUAUGUUAUUUCUAUUGUACUCAUGCCAGUAUUAAUGACGUUUGGGUCAUUUAUCUUCUUUUGUAUUAAUCCAUCAAUGUGUUCAUUAAAUGUAAUGGGUGAAGUAAUGCAUCAACAAAAAAUUAAUGAAUUAAAUAAUAUUUCAUUAUCAGAAAAUUGGAUACGAUUUACCGUUUAUACCUCAAUUAUUAUCCAAAUUUUAAUUUCAUCAAUAACUUCAUUUGGAAUAGCACUUUCUCAAGAAUAUGUUUUUAGAUAUUUUUUAUUUAAUGAACUUCUUCAAUCUCUUCAUCCUCUUUUCUCUGCAUUUAUUUCUUCUUUUGUAUUUGCAAUAUACAGUAUUAUUCUUGUCAUUCUUGGUGAUUAUUGUCCAUAUGAAAAUUAUCCAGGAUCGCCUUAUACAGGUAUUUUAAUGGUUUGUUUGAUUCAAUUUUUCCUUGGAGUGUUUUUGUGUUUCUUUGCACUAAAAACAAAUUCUUUAUUUGUUCUUUCAUUCCUUCAUUCUUCUUGGAUUUCUUUACAAUCUACAUUUAUCCCUUUUGUUGAUCAAACAUCAACCCCAAUUUCUAUUUUCAUAGGUCCAUCAUAUUAUGGUAUUCUUCCAUCAUUUCCAAUGAUUAUAGCCACUAUUUCCUUUACAAUGUUUAUGACAAAAAGACCAGUUGGCAAUGAAUUGAAUUUAUAUUAA